GGUUGUAUUGCCUUUCAUUUCAUUAACAAGGGAUACCCGGGUAUAAAAUUUGAAUUUUGAACAGCAACGGUCGUCUAUUAGUAUCAAAUUAAGGAAGGGCCAAAAUCAAGGGAGGGAAUGUAAUCUUUGCCUUUAACGAUAUGAUUGUCAUUCAUCACCAUUUUUAAUCUUUUUCCCUCUUUUUAAAAUACUUUCAUACAAACUACAGUUAUUACUCAAUGGCGGAUCUUAAACAAUGGCAUGAUCCUCUUCUUCUCACUGAUGUUUCUACUCAACAAAGAUCUUCUACUUCUUCUCCCGACAUUCCCAAUUCUGAUUCUUUAGAAACAGGCAAUUCCUCAGAUACUGAUUCGCUUAAGAUGGCAGAUUUAGUAGGAACUAAUGGGUUGCAUCAAAGCAUGGAAAUAAUUAGUCCUCAGCGAUUUAACGAUCUUAUUAUUGGUGAUACCGGCAAUGGUCGGACAAUGUUAGGCUUUUCCUUAACCUCACCAGAUUUGGUUGUCUGUGCUGGCUCACCUGAUAUUCCUAGACAGAAUUUUCCCGAAGAGGAAAGGGCUGCCUCCAUUGUACUGUCUCUAGAAGAAGGCAUUAAUGGGGUUGAAGCAACUGAAGUUUCUAGGGGCAGCCAUGAGGAUUCCUUGAAAUUUUCCUCAUUUUGGAAUUCUUCUCAAGAUACAACAAAUGGGUCUGAGAGAUUUGGAGAUUUUGAAAAGUUGCAAAGUGAAUACGAGCUUCAAAAGAAAAAAUUGCAUGAACUCCAGAGUGAGCUUAUGCGCAAGUCCAUGCAUGUUGGUUCUUUAGCUUUUGCGGUCGAGGGACAAGUCAAAGAAAAGAGCAAAUGGCUCUCAUGCUUGAGUACCUUAAAGAGGAAUCUGAGGAUGUUGAAAUUGGAUCAUAUAAAACUAUCAGAGGAAGCAUGGAAGUACAAGCAUUGCCUUGGAGAAAUGGAUGAUUUGAAAUCUAUUGUUCAAGUUUCAUUAACUCAACAAGUUUCCGAUCAUGAUGAACUGAAGAGGAAAAUCAGUGAAGGGGAGAAGCAGAGAAAAGAGCUUUAUAACAAAGUUCUAGAGUUAAAAGGAAAUAUACGUGUUUUCUGUCGCUGCAGGCCUUUGAAUGCAGAGGAAAUAGCCAUGGGAGCUAAAUCAGCCAUUGAUUUUGAUACUGUUAGAGAUGGAGAAUUAAGCAUCAAGUCAAAUGGCGCACCACGAAAGACUUUCAAGUUUGAUGCUUUUUUUAGUCCACAAGCAAACCAAGCUGAUGUAUUUGAGGAUACUGCACCAUUCGCGACCUCAGUUCUAGAUGGAUACAAUGUUUGUAUAUUUGCGUAUGGGCAGACUGGGACGGGGAAGACAUUCACAAUGGAAGGUACGAAGGACAGUCGUGGUGUAAAUUAUAGGACUCUUGCAGAACUUUUUCGUAUUAUCAGUGAGAGACAGAAGCUACUUCGUUAUGAAGUAUCUGUGAGUGUCUUGGAAGUCUACAAUGAACAAAUACGAGAUCUAUUGGCCUGCGGAACACAGCCUAAUUUUGCUUCAAAGAGGCUUGAGAUAAGGCAGGCUAUGGAAGGAGUGCUUCACGUUCCUGGAUUAGUUGAAGCACAGGUAAGGAAUAUCAGUGAGGCUUGGGAUGUUCUACAAACUGGAAGCAAUGCAAGGGCUGUUGGUGCUACUAAUGCAAAUGAGCACAGUAGCCGGUCUCAUUGCAUACACUGUGUAAUGGUGAAGGGAGAAAACUUAUUGAAUGGAGAAUGCACUAGAAGCAAGUUAUGGUUAGUUGAUCUAGCAGGUAGUGAACGGAUAGCUAAGACAGAAGCUCAAGGCGAGCGGCUGAAGGAAGCACAGAAUAUUAAUAGAUCACUUUCUGCUCUUGGGGAUGUCAUAUCUGCUCUGGCAAACAAAAGUCCUUAUGUUCCUUUCAGGAACUCUAAGCUUACCCAUCUACUUCAGGAUUCUCUAGGGGGAGACUCCAAGGCGCUUAUGUUCGUGCAGAUUAGUCCUAAUGAAAAUGACUUGAGUGAGACUAUUUGCUCUCUUAACUUUGCUAGUAGAGUAAAGGGAGUAGAGUUAGGUCCAGCAAAAAAGCAGUUGGACAAUACUGAAUUUCUGAGAUACAAACAAUUGGUUGAGAAGACUAAACAAGAAGCAAAGUUGAAGGAUCUGCAAAUUAAGAAGUUGGAGGAAACAAUUAACAAUCUGGACACGAAGGUUAAAGAAAAAGAUCAGAAAAACAAGAACUUGCAGGAAAAGUUGAAGGAACUUGAAGCACAACUUUUGGUGGAACGAAAGUUGGCACGGCAACAUGUCGACACUAAAAUAGCAGAACAGCAACAACAACAAAUGCGACAGCAGUUUGAAGACCAAAAUAGUGCACCCCCUAGGCCACCUUUGGUAGCUAAAACACAGGGACUGUUGAAGAAUACAAAUGACCUAACAAGUGAUACACCAAUUCUGUCACAAUUGCCUUGUGAUUACAAAGCUGUUAAAACCCCGAUAUUGCAAGAGAACUUUCUUAAGUGCAAUGAACUGCUGGAGAAAGAGAACAUUCCAGACACAGGGGACCUAUUUGCACUACAGCCGAAGAAAACAGGCAGAGGUUCUCUUUGCCCAACAAUGCAGAGGAUCCCUAUAGCAUCAAAUCCUAGGCGGAACUCUCUUAUUCCCUUACCCAGCACACCAGCGACCCUCCACCAUCAUUUAAUCCUGCCUUUUCCGACACCUUCUCUCGAAGAAGAGAGAAAUGGGGUAGAAAAUCCAAAUUCACCAGAGAUGGGUUUAACCAGCCCCAUAGCUUCAAAGAGUGGGGCCAGGAAGUUGAAUGGUGUACUUAGACGAAGUCUUCAGAAGAAGAUGAAAUCUCCAUUGCAGCAGCAGUUUAUUAAGAAAGGAGGCGUAAAUGUGGGAGUGGAGAAGGUUAGAGUCUCGAUAGGAAGCCGAGGGAGAUUGGGACAAAGGGUAUUGUUGGGCAAUGCUAGAAGAGUGGCUACAAGGGAAGCUAAGAAACAAAGCCAAAGGGAGAAGGAGAGAGGCUGGAACUUUUGAAUGCUUGCUGCCUCAAUGGAUUGACUCAGAUAGAGUUUGUAGGUUUGGGAAGAUUAAUUUUUAUAAAUUUCUUUUGAUGAUUGUGUAUUUGUGUUUAAGAUGAUGCUUGUUAACCACUCUGGUAACAGAUUUCAAAUAUUUUGUAUAUAUGAGUCGCUUUCAUUGCAGGCCUUUAUUUGGUCUCAUUAUCGAAUUUCUUUCAAUACGUUCACCCAAAA